CCCGUGGCUCCUGGCACGCACAAACAGCGGGGAAGCGGUGGCCUUGAUGGACCAUGGUACUGGGAGCGGGCCGUCCAGAUUAAGGAACCUUUGGGUAUCUUUAAUAUCUCAAAACUACUUUAAUUGUGAUGACCCAAGUGUCGCCUCUGCCGGCAAAAAGGAGGCCACAGAGGGAAUUGAGAUGGUUCCCACGCGGAGCCAGAGCCUUCCACCAACCAACCCUGAUACCCCGUUGACCCUCGACGAGGCGAACGCCGUUGAGCACACGGCAUAUAUGUUCUCCACCAAGAAGAAAUGGUGGAUCUUGACCGUCGUGGCCUUGUGCCAGACGAGUAUGAAUUACAACGCGGCGGUCUACUCAAAUGCGAUAGGCCGUCUCAAUGCCGAGUACAACCUCGGCAGCAACCACUUCACAAACGCCAGAGCCGGCAUGGCCUGGUUCUUGAUUCUUUACGGUUUCGGUUGUGAGCUCUGGGCGCCGUGGUCCGAGGAAUUUGGGCGCAAGUACAUCAUGCAGCUGUCCCUCGGCCUCGUCAACCUCUGGCAGGUCCUCGCCGGUGCUAGCAACGCCUGGUGGAUGGUUCUACUCGCCCGUCUUCUCGGUGGUGUCUGCUCGGCAGGUGGCUCCGUCACGUUAGGAAUGGUUGCUGAUAUGUUCGACCCCGAGGACCAGCAGUUCCCGGUGCUUUGGGUUAGCUUGUGGAGCUGUCUCGGAUCAGUCAUUGGUGGCAUCUGCGGCGGACCGAUCGAACAGUAUCUCGGCUGGCGCUGGAACUUCUGGAUCCAGCUCAUAUUUGGCAUUGUCGUCCAAUUCAUUCACCUCUGCUUCGUUUCUGAGACCCGGUCGACGGUUAUGCUCAACCGCGAGGCAAAGAGACAGCGCAGACAGAACCCGAAUACAAACGUCGUUGGUCCUACUGAGAACGAGAAGAUUCGCGUGAGUGAGACCCUGGCGAUCAUGGGCCGUCCUUUCAAGAUGCUGGUCUGCGAACCCAUCGUUGGUUUUCUGUCCCUGCUCAGCGGAUUCAGCGACGCCCUUAUUUUCAGCUUCCUGGAGUCCUAUGGGUAUGUCUUCAAGGAUUCUGCCUGGAACUUCACGCCCAGCCAGCUCGGUAUCGCCUUGUUUGCUCUCUUCAUCGGUUACUGGGCCGCAGGUUUCGCCUACUUUCCAGUCAUCAGACGGCACAACCAGCAGCGCAAGUCUGGCAAGGAGCUGAGCCCCGAAAGUCGCCUGUGGUUCCUACAAUACAUCGUCCUGCUCCUACCGAUCGGUCUCUUCAUCUCGGUAUUUACGGUGACAGGCCCGCCAGUCCCUUGGAUUGCACCACUGAUCGGAGCUGUUUUGAUCGGGUGCGCAAACAUGGCGAUCUACUACGCCACGAUCGACUACAUGGUUGCUGCUUACGGAGGAAAGUAUUCUGCUUCCGCGACUGGUGGUAACGGCUUUUCGCGCGAUGUUCUCGCUGGUAUCUGCUCCUUCUACACCGGCCCUAUGUACCACAAACUCGGGGUCCAAAACUCAACAUGGGUGCUCUUUGCCCUGUCCGUGGUUGUCUGCAUUCCAGUCUUUGUCAUCUACAAGAAAGGACCUCAAAUCAGAGCCCGAAGCAAGUACGCCAAGGAAAUCGAGAAGGAGCGAGUCGAGAACGAGGCAACUAAGCAAGCCAUGGGCGAGAGGCGUCGGGCGCUUCAGGAUCCAGAAGUUUAGGUGUGGUAAACUGGCAAUGCACUAUGGCAUCGAUUGUGAGGUCUGCAGGCUUCUUGAUUAUCAUGCCCUUGCUCUUACUGUCGAUGGUAUGUCAUGGCGACUUCGCAGAGUUCUUUCCGCGUACGAUGGCGCACAUUGUAGAUGUUCUGGAAUCAUUUAGAUGAGCCUGUCCAGCUCUGUCGAUUGGUCACCAAUGUAUGAGCAUCACUAUUGCAGUGACUAGAAUGAUCGAUACAGUCUUGUGCUCUUGUCGUUGGUGUCGCGGCCGGG